AUGCCCGGCUACGACACCGCAUACCGCUAUCUCCGGAGCAACACGCAGGAGAGUGGGGCUAGCACAACGGUCAUCGUCGACGAACAUGUAUUAGGCGAGGUGGGACACCUGUACAUCAUCUGUACUCCCACCGCCACUCAUUGCGAGAUCAGCUCCGCCAUUCGCAGGUGA